UAUCAGGCAUCAGCAAAGACACCUCAUGGGGCUUCCCAAAAUCAGCCUACAACUACAGCGUUCACCAACCCGCAGCAUCGGCUGGACAAGACAAACAAAAGUACCACAUAAAUCCACUAUUUGUCUCUAUUUUGUCGUCGGGGACAUGACUACCACUCCUUCAGGACCAGUGUUCCAAAACAAGGCCCGAGUACAAAUCCUGGCCGAGCUGGAGAAAGAGAGGGAGCGGCUGAUGCAGAAUCAGUCCAGCACUCCUGGAGCCAGCAUUUCAAUAGCCCGUCACAACAUGAAGGACUUCCGGGAUAGUGCAGAGCAGCAGCAUAUUGUUGCCCAGCAGAAAGCGGCCUUGCAGCACGCACACGCACACUCGUCAGGCUUCUUCAUCACUCAGGACUCGUCAUUUGGUAACCUGAUCCUCCCCGUGCUUCCACGCCUGGAGCCAGAGUCAUGACCCCUGAGUCACCCUGUUCCAAGAUUCCUUUUCAAGAUCUUACAAAUGUGGGCACAUUUGUAUCCUGGCAACAAUCUGGAGUUGGAAUCCAUUGCAGUUAUUUGGCAAAGAAAAAA